AUGGGGUUUGUGCAUCCACAAGGUCCGAAGGUUCUAGUUCUCGAUAGGGCUGUGCAAAUUUUCGAGAUUUCCGACUCCGCUCCGAAUUCGACUUCGACGGAGUCGGAGUUCUCAGAAUUCGGAGUCGGAGUCAGAGAAAACCUUAAACGACGCCGUUUUUGGAUCCAAAUCGGCAAUCCCAAAUACCAGCCGGAUGCAUCAUCGCUCUCCUCCGUAGAGCAAAAUGCGAGUCUCGAAGCCAAAAAGCACUACAGAGGGGUCCGACGAAGGCCUUGGGGAAAGUACGCGGCGGAGAUCCGAGACCCUAACCGGCGCGGCUCUCGUGUAUGGCUCGGGACCUUCGACACAGCUAUAGAAGCCGCCAAGGCCUACGACCAAGCCGCAUUCAAGCUCCGUGGUUCGAAAGCGAUCCUCAACUUCCCACUCGAGGUCGGGAACUCGGAUACAACCCCGGAGUCUGGCGAGAGAAAACGACGUCGUGAGGAGGAGGAAGUGAAGGUAGCGGUCGUCAAGAAAGAGAGGUCGACGGAAUCGAAGGAUACGACCGGUACUUCUUCCACGGAUGUCCCAUUAACGCCGUCUAGUUGGAAGGCGGUAUGGGACGGUGAUCUUCAAGAGAUUUUUAGCUAG